CGAGCAGGCAUACUGCCCCCUCAUUCGCCGGCUUGUGAAAUCGUGUCUUUCUUUGGUCGCACCGUAGGAGCCAGUGGUGGCGCGACGGGUUCAAACCUUGCAAGCUCUUCCCUGCACCCAUCCGCGCAUUAGCACUUCCAUCGUUGGCGUCCAGAAGCCCUUCGCCGCCUGCAACUCCUUCAACACUCGCUCGUUGUCAUUCAACCGUCUCUGCAAGCCACAUCUCGCGCGCUGCACCUUUUGUCUCCGGCCUGUCUUGGCUGGCCUUGAUAAACGCGAAGCUCGCCGCCGACCUUCCAUCCAAGCCUCCUACCAAGACACUCUUUCCUUGGCUCUCCACCAGACAAGACACGACAAGCACGACAAGACACCUCACUCCUCGGCUCUACGCUCUCACGCACGCCCACCGCCAUGGCUGCACGAACGGCUGGCGGUAAUGCGGCGUUUCACAACUUCCACAAUGAUUACGCCCAUGUGAGCGAUCCCAACGAGCGAAGACGUCUCGCUCUCGCAGAGGUCGACAAGGCUCCAUUCGGUUGGUACCAUGUCCGCGCUGUCGUUGUUGCCGGUAUUGGCUUCUUCACCGAUGCCUACGAUAUCUUCGCCAUUGGUAUCGUGGCCACUAUGCUGGGUAUGGUCUACUACCAGACCGGCCCCGUCUCAGCCCAGGGAAAGCUCCCGGUCUCCUCUGAUACCGCGAUCAAGGUCGCCACGUCUGGAGGUACUGUCGUUGGUCAACUCGGAUUUGGUUUCCUCGCAGAUAUUGUGGGACGAAAGAAGAUGUAUGGACUGGAACUGAUCAUCAUCAUUUUCGCCACUCUCGCCCAGGCACUCUCCGCACAGUCUCCUGCCGUCCACAUCAUUGGUGUUCUCAUCUUCUGGCGCGUACUCAUGGGUAUCGGAAUUGGUGGUGACUACCCACUGUCCGCCAUCAUCACAUCCGAAUUCGCUACGACCAAGUGGAGAGGCGCGAUGAUGGGUGCUGUGUUCGCCAACCAGGGUUUCGGUCAAUUCGCUGCUGGUAUUGUCGCCCUCGUCGUCACUGUGGGCUUCAAGGGCUCUCUGCAGAGCGCAGUGGCUACCUCUAGCAUCAGUGCCCAAGCCGCUUGCGAUGGAGUCUGCAACGUUGCUGUCGACAAGAUGUGGCGUAUCAUCAUUGGAAUGGGUGCAGUGCCAGGCUGCAUUGCUCUCUACUUCCGUCUGACCAUCCCUGAGACUCCUCGAUACACCUUUGACGUCUCUCGCGAUAUCGUCAAGGGUGGUUCUGACGUCAAGGCCUACCUUGCGGGCACUGCUGAAGGUGUUCCUGAUGAAGUGACCCGCGUGACCGCCAUGCGCGAGGCUGCUCCUCAGCUCGAGACCCCCAAGGCAUCUUGGACCGACUUCUUUUCUCACAUCGGUCAGUGGAAGUACGGCAAAGUCCUUCUUGGAACGGCAGGUUCCUGGUUCCUCCUCGAUGUCGCCUUCUACGGUGUGGGCCUCAACAACUCCACGAUCCUUCAGGCCAUUGGUUACGCGGGAAAGAAGAAUGCCUACGAUUUCCUCUAUGACAUUGCUGUUGGAAACAUCAUUUUGGUCUGCGCUGGUGCGAUUCCGGGCUACUGGGUCACUGUCGCCCUCGUGGACACGGUCGGUCGCAAGCCCAUUCAGCUCAUGGGUUUCAUCAUCCUCACCAUCCUCUUCUGCAUCAUGGGAUUCGGAUACCACGUCAUUGGCACGGGCGGUCUAUUGGCUUGCUACGUGCUCGCACAAUUCUUCUUCAACUUCGGCCCCAACUCAACCACCUUUAUCGUGCCCGGCGAGUGCUUCCCCACUCGUUACCGUUCGACAUGCCACGGUAUCUCCGCCGCAUCUGGCAAAGUCGGUUCCAUCAUCGCACAGGCCGCUCUCGCUCCUCUCCGCACUCGCGGUGCGACCAAGACCAACGCCAGCCCCUGGUUGAACCACGUCCUGCAAAUCUUUGCCUUGUUCAUGCUGUUGGGCAUCUUCACCACUCUCUUGAUCCCCGAAACCAAGCGCAAGACGCUCGAGCAACUCGCAGGCGAAGUCCCCGGCACCCCGGAAUACGACCCCGUGCUCGCAGGUGUACACCACCACAAUGUGGCUCGCACCGAUUCGUCCGAGGCGGAUCACAUUUCCAACGAAAAGGCUCACCAACAGGUGUAAAUUUGAAAGCCUUGGGACUUGACUUUUAUUACCAUCACUGCAUGCAUGGAUUAGACGAACAAGCGUUGCUGUCUCUUGGGCCCUUUUGUGUUUGUUUUUUAUAAAGUGAUACCAC